AUUUUAUUUUUUUGGAGUGUUGUGUGUGAGUUGCAAUGUUUUUCCAAAUUUAAUUUACAGUGAGAGAAAGAAUGAGAGAGAGCUAAGCCAAAAGGUAGAGAGAAAAGGGUAAAGGAAAAAAAUAGGCAAAAAGGAAGGAAAAAAAAAGAUCAUUAGAGAGAGUAAACUCUUAUCUCUACAUACACACACACAAUUCCUACAAACAUGUUCAAUGGUGGAGUACCAGACCAGUUGCACCAAUUCAUAGCCUCUUCAAGACCCAAUUCAGUAGUAUCACUACUCCCUCUCUCCACCACUAAUACUAUCACUACUACUCCUUUCUCUUCCAAUUCCUCCAUUGAUAAUAUUCAUGCCAAUUACACCCCCAACCAUGCCCAUGAAUCUCAUCAUCACCAUCAUCAUCAUCUUCUCCAUCAUCAACUCCUUCCUCCUCUUCACCACCCCAACUUCUUACACCCCAUGUUGCACCAUGUUCAACAACAACAACAGCAGCACCACCACCCCAAGCUCAACCACCAUCUUCAUCAUCAUCAGAAAGAUAUCGAUGAACAAGCAGCCGCCGCCACGGGACCAAACAGCCUGGUCUCCGAAGUUGAUUUGGAGAUGAUGGAGACCCACACACCAAUCCCAGAAUUAAUUCCAACCGUUGAUCAUCAUCAUCAUCAUAAUCAUCACCAUAGUCACCAUCCUCAUCCUCAUCCUCAUCUGCAGCCAUGGAGUGAAGAUGAAGUUCUCGCACUGUUGGGGAUCAGAUCUACUAUGGAGAAUUGGUUUCCAGACUUCACUUGGGAACAUGUCUCAAGAAAGCUAGCAGAGCUUGGAUUUAAAAGGAGUGCAGAGAAGUGUAAGGAGAAAUUUGAAGAGGAAAGCCAGUACUUCAACAACAACAAUAAUAAUAACUGUAGCAAAAGCUAUAGCAGGAUAUGUACUCAGCUGAGUGAGCUAGAAGAACUCUACCAUGGCGAAAGCCAAGUUCAUCAUCAUCAACAUCAGAAUCAUCACAAUGGUACAGCUGUGAAUGAAAAGGACCAAAGGGUAGAGGAAAAUCCAAGUGAGUUAGAUGUAAAAAUAAGGGAUAUUAAUAAUGGCCAUCAUCGACAGAGUUUGGAAGAAUUGGAAAUAUCAGACUCGACAAGAAACGAAACAGUAGUACUGCUUGGUGGGAAUUCGAAGGAGUACUACUCUGAUGAGACUGAAAAAGUUGUAGUAGUAGGAGUGGAGAUAGCAAAAAGUGGCAAUAUUGAAAACAACAAGCAGAAUAAUGAUAGUAACAACAACAACAACAACAACAACAAGAGCAGCAAGAAGAGAAAGAGGUCAUCGUCGUCAUCAUCAUCAUCACAUGAGAAUUAUAACAAGAUGAAGUUUGAUAUGUUCAAGGGUUUUUGUGAGGAGAUUGUGAAGAAGAUGAUGGCUCAACAAGAGGAGAUGCAUAACAAGCUUCUAGAAGAUAUGGUGAAGAGGGACCAAGAGAAAGUUGCCAUUGAAGAAGCUUGGAAGAAGCAAGAGAUUGAUAGAAUGAACAAGGAGCUUGAGACUAUGGCUCAUGAGCAAGCCGUUGCUGGUGAUAGACAAGCCUCGAUCAUUGACUUCUUGAACAAGGUGACUUGUUCAAAUUCUGCUCAUGAAUCCACCCAAUUCUCGAAACUCAGCAAUAAAGACAACAAUAAUAAUAAAGAAGUUUCUCUCACUAAUUCUUCUUCUUCUUCUUCUUUAGUACUACUUCACCAGCCACACGAACAAAAUAUUCCUCCUCCUGCAAAUCCAACAAUAACCCACCUUGAAAAAAACCAAACGAAUCAUCAUCAUCAUACUCAAUAUUACGAUCAACAACAGCAACAACCAUCAUCAUCAUCAUCACCUUCUCAUCAUCAUCAUCAUCAAAAAACAAGUAGUGGUAUUAGUAAGGACAUUAUUGUAGCAGUCUCAUCAACUACUCAUCUUGCUAAUAAGCCAACUGCCACGUCACCACCCAACAAAACCAUCCAAAACCCUACUUCCAUAAAUGACAAAGAAGACUUGGGAAAGAGGUGGCCCAGAGAUGAAGUCUUGGCCCUGAUAAACCUAAGGUGCAAUCUCUACAGUACAGCAACAACUACUACUACUGCUACAGCUGGGGAAUCAUCAGAUCAUCACAAGGAGGGAAUGUUAGUGUCUUCGUCGACAUCACCAUCGUCAGUGAAAGCUCCUCUUUGGGAGAGAAUCUCACAAGGGAUGUUGGAGUUGGGAUACAAGAGAAGCGCCAAGAGGUGUAAAGAGAAGUGGGAGAACAUUAACAAGUACUUCAGAAAGACCAAAGAUGCUAACAAGAAGAGAUCAGUCGACUCUAGAACUUGCCCUUAUUUUCACCAGUUGAGUUCUUUGUACAACAAAGGAGCUACGACGACACUCGUUUCGGUGUCGUCGUCUCAAGGCCAGAAUAAUAAUGAUCAUCAUCAGGACCACAUCGUAAUAAAUAAUGACGACCACCACUCACCAUCAUCAGUAGUAGUGUUGCCAGAAAUAAGCACUGCUAUUGCUACUGCUUCUCGUCAACUAAUCAUCGAUGAGUCUACUACUCCAGCUGAUGAUGAUCAUAAUCAUGAUUCAACUCAGCUGCAUAUUGAUCAAGGUGAGAGAUCAUCAUCGGUUAACAACAUUAUUAUUCAUGAUCAUCAUCAUCAUCAUCAUCAAGAAGUAGCAGUGGUAGCAUCCGCGGCUUUUGAUUUUGAGUUCUAAUUUCAAAAUAAUUUUGCAUAUUAAUUUUAUUUAUUUAUUUAUUUGUUGUGAGAGUGUGUGCAUGUGUGCAUUUAUUGACAAUAAUAAUAUGCGGUACCCUACCCCUUUUCUUGGUUUUGAUCUUAGUAAAUUACAUAUAGUAUUAUGUAGCAGUUGCUAGUACUAUAUAUGGUACUACUAUCUACUAUACAUAUAUAACAUCAUCAUUUCUUUUAUUUCA